AUGAAAUCUGGCAACAUAUUUCCCGAAUCAGGAAAUAUCCAUAGCUGCCCAAAACAUAAAAGGGAAACUGUCAAAUUCUUCUGUAAUGAUCACCAGCAGUCCUGUUGUUCAGUGUGUAUAGGAACAAGUCACAGAAAAUGCGAAAGUAUUGAUACUGUUGAAGAUGCAGCAAAAAAUAUAAAACAAAAUCGCCAACUGGAUGUUCUUUUAGGUGAUAUGAAGAACGUGGAAAAGAAACUGACAAAAGCAAAGAGCGAACAAGAGAUAAAUGUAGCAGAAAUAGAGAAUUCAGUGGAAGAAAUCAUAGAGAAAACAGAAAGGGAAUUCAAGGAACUUGUUGAUCACCUAGACAUACUGAAGAACAAACAUUUGGAUGAGGUAGCAGGUGCGCUGAAGAAAGGAAGGGGGAAGUUAAGUGAAUGUACAAAUGUACUUACUGAUGGUAUACAGUGUACAAAUUACUGCUGCCGGAAUAUUAAAAGAGUUAAAGAGACGGAGAAUGACGCUGAAAUGGUGAUGACGUAUUACAGAGUGAAAGAGAGGCUCUUACAGCUGAAACGGUUUAAAUGCACGAAGAAACAGAUAACGAUAUCUGAAAAAAAGUCACAAGUUUUGAAAGAAGUGAGAAAUAUGGAAUCUUUUGGAGAUAUUGAAUAUGCUGAGUCUGAUUUUCGCAUCACGUACGAUGUAAAUGACAUUGUGUUAUCUUUAGUUAAUGAAUUCAGCAUUGAUGGAGAAAAUCCGAUUGUGUGGACUGGGAAUUUUCUGUCCAAUGGUAACUUUGUAUUUGCAGACUACAUACCUGAUGGACGUUGUUUUAUUUAUAACAAAGACUGGAAAUCCAAGGAAGUCAUUGAUGGACUGAGUUACCCUUUUGAAGCAAUACAAGCUAGAGAAGAAUUACUGGUGACGUGUGAUGGAACGAAGUCUAUAGAAGUUUUUUCUUUGUCUGAUUUACAUAAACUGCGAAGUAUCAAAAUCAACGAAACAAUGUAUGGAAUAACACAACACAAUGGAAUUUGUUAUGUAGCAUGUGGAAAUAAGAUUAUAAAAUUGAAUCUGUCUGGUAAAAAACUUAGAGAAUAUAAAGUCGAAGGCAAUUACAAUAUUCACAUAAGUACAACAAAAGAUGGACAUAUUGUGUACAGUAACUGUUCCCUGAAUACAGUAACCGCCAUCACGGACCAGGGAGACACCGUGUGGCAGUAUAAACAUAUCAAAAUGAGAGUACCCCGUGGACUUGAUGUAGACUCUGUCGGUAAUAUCUUUGUUGCCGCUAGAGGAAGUGACAAUAUCCACGUGUUGUCUGGCGCUGGCUGUCUCGUUAGGAUUAUCGAGGAUAUUCCACAGCCAAUGUUUAUUAAACUAAUGGAAGAGAGGAGUAUAUGUUGUGUGUGUAGCAAUCGUAGAAUCAUGAAAGUGUAUAAAUUGUAG